UGGCUAACCGCUCUAAUGCCCCAAGAAGCCGUCCAUGUUCAUAUUUUGAAGAAAAUGUUAGUGUUUUGAACGUUAUGGGUACAGGUAUGAACAGGUGGAUUGAUGUUGUCGUAGUGGUUUGAGAAGUUCAUGUGGAUAUUUAGAUUUUUGUUAGCAGUGCUAAUGGGUCAAAGCUGCAAUCAAUUUAAGCCACUUUACCAAUAGUGACCUCUGCAUCACAUUAAUCGAUGUGUUUUUUUUGUGUUUUUAACGGUUAUGUAGCAGCAAGGUGUAAGAUUUUUUUUUUCUGAUAACACAGAUGUGUACUCUCCGCCCGGAAUGAUAAAAUGUUAGAGUGAGCGAAGUCCAACGUUUUACACAGACUAUUCCGCAGCCACCUCGUUGUUUUCUGCCUCUCUGCUAUGCUAACGUUGGCGUUAAAUCCAAAUUGACUACAGCUGCCUUCCUCCGCCAUGGAGCGAGCUAUACUUCUCAGGACCAUCUUCAAACUGUCAGGUGAUGUUUGGCUCUUAAAGGACAAGAAGGAUCCUAAAUGUUUCACCCGAACAGGAGGGGAUUUCACCUGCUUCUUUGAGACUGCAGACAACAGGACUUAUGAUUUGCUCUACACAGCUGAAAGCCUGCCCGGAGAGAAAAGGUGUGUCCAGAGACCAGAAGAGGGAACUUACUUCCACAUCUGCUCAUUUCCCUCCGGAGAGGUUUUUUUGUACACGGAAACGCAAUUUGAAGUCGUGGAGCACAACACCACAACCACCCUCUAUAAUCAGACUGUCUAUGUGGAAGACCACUUUCUCCUUGAUCCCCCCUACAAUGUGUCUUUAUACCAAAAUGGACACCCAGGGCAGCUGCUGGUUUCAUGGCAAACACAGGCCCCAACAUACUGUGCAGAUGUAAUGUAUAGGAUUCGAUACUCGUCCCAGGGGCUUGGUGAGAAUACAACAGAGACGAAGGAGGUUACACAUGCUAGAGUAAUACUAGACUCUCUGGUACCAGGGGAAGAGAUUGAAGUCCAGGUCGCUGUCAAAUGUGGCUCUAGUCCAAGUGCAGGAUACUGGAGCAGCUGGUCAUACCUUGUGCGAGCCAUGGUUCCCCAGAGUGCAGAUGAUGUUUCACUAAUGUGCUACACCUCUGACCUGCAAAACAUCAGCUGUCAGUGGAAUGGGAGCAGAUAUGUGGAAAAAGAGUACAAACUUUUCUACAAGAUAGGUCUCAGUGAAGAAUGGAGUCAGUGCGUAACUGAUUGGAAGUUCACUGACCUGUGUCGUUUUCGUGGAGAUAAGUCCAGAAAGGUCGGGGUCAAACUCAGCAGCACUCAAAGUCCACUCAGCAGAGCCUUCUAUACUCAGGAGUUCACUCUUAACAAGAUCAUCAAAACAUCCCCACCAAGUCAUCUGAGUGGAGCAUGGAAGAAAGAGAGGUUGUGCUUGAAUUGGGAGUCUCCUUUUCUGUCGGAUCACCUGCAGUAUGAAGUCGGCUACCAAACCAGAGAGAGUGAAGCAUGGAUGACGGUAUCCUUAAAGGGACCAGAGACUGGAACGUGUCUAGAGGUUUCGAAAGGGAAUCAGUACAACAUUAAGGUCAGAGCUAAACCUACUGGGUCCAUUUACUCAGGCCACUGGAGUGACUGGUCAGAUGUGGUCACUGGUCACAAUCCCACUAAUUUAGGCAUGUGGUUCAUGCUGUUCAUCCCUGCCUCAAUGCUGAUGCUUGUUAUCAUCAUUUACAUGUACCUCAGUAAGCUCAAGCAAUAUUUUUGGCCACCGGUGCCCAACCUUGACAAAGUCCUACAAAGCUUUCUGACAGAGAUAAACCGGCAGAAAUGGGAUCCUCCACUCACAACAAAGCAGUGCACUGAGGAAACCACUGCAUCUGUGGUGGAGAUAAUGUCUGAAGACGAGAUUUCAGGACUGGCGAAGCCAUCAGAGGAAUCCACCCAGCUCCUGUCACCAGAAGGAAGCCUCUCCAGUGGAGAACAGGUAGAUGGGAGCCUUGGGACGAAAAUCUUUCCAGACUAUGUGACUUUGAACAAAGACAGUGUCAUCCUUUGUCCAAAAGGAAACAAGUAUAUGUAUGAGAAGGUCGGAGAGAAAGGAGUCCCGGGGGUGGGGGAUGAUAUUCUCUUAACAUGUCAGUGUUCCUGCAGUCAAGGCUCAGUCUGUGUCCCACCUUGCUUAGGCAAAGACUUUCUUAACCAUUCCUACGUGCCUCUAGCUGAGGCUGCACACAGAUUGGAAUACAGAGGCACUCUGGAAAGGGGACCAGGCAACCUCUAUACUAAUUUACCCUGUAGCUAAAUGUACAGUAAAACAAGUGUACUUUGUAUACUAAGCACUUACACUGACAUAAGAAUGCACUGUAAGUUGAUACAGAUCCACACAUCCAAGUUUACUGCAUCAGUAGCUCCAUUUGUGGAAGAGGCUUUUAUAGAAAUAAAAUCGCUCAGUGAUUUUAAUAAUUAAUGCCUUCUGUGCCUUAAACAAAAGGCCUGUUACCAUUAGGGAUGUUCCUAACAAAUAAUUUCCACGUCAGUUAAAUGGAAAUAUAAAUUUAGACUAGUCGACUAGUGUAAAAGCAAGAAAACAAUCAGAAAACAGAGCUGCGUUACCUUUUCAGACCCAGCGGGAUCACAGUAUCUGCGGGAAAAUGAUUUCAUAUAGGUUUAUCAACGGUGGUUAACAUCCACACACUUAUGUUGAAUAUGGUUACGCAUUGCUCCGGUUGGACGCCCGCAUACAGCCAAAAGUUUGUGACCGCACGGACUGUACGCAUACAAAGUGUGCUGGCUAUGCAUGCUUCAGAUAACAAAAUGAGUCUUGUUUUAAAGAGAGGCUGUGCGAAGAUAUCUGGCGUCACGCACAUUUAUGCGAUUCUUCUUUCAAACAACACAAAGACGGCGAAAUGGUGUUGAACUCCUGGCUCUAUACUGCUAUUCCUGUGUUGUGCAUUAACACCACCGACUGGAAUGGAGUUUGGAUCAGGAAAUGCACACGGGUGUCACAACUGUGGCAGAAAUGAAAAAAUAUGAUAAAAUGUUAAUCAUUAGUUCAAGUAACUAGUAUUUCUGGUGCCGACUAGAGAGGGCAGGAACAUUUAAUCGUGCACAUCCAUAGUUACCAUAAAGUAUAUACAAAGUAUAAUGGGCAUUAGUUUUGAUCAUGGCAUCCUCUCAUUAUUUGUCACCUUCCUUUUGGAGAUGAAAGGCCAUGAAUGCAGCACAGAUUUGUAGAUUAAGUACAUGUAGAUGUGGACAUAACAUUUGAAAACAAGAAUAUCUAUAUUUUUAUUAUUGUUCCAGCUUUGAUUCAAAGCUCUUUAAGAGAUAUAGGUAUAUAUUAUGUAUUACUUUUGUUUGUAAGUAUAGGAUUUCCUGCGCAUCAGGGCUGGAAAUGUACAAUGCUUUGUCUUUGUGAUACUUUGAUUUAGGAUACUUUUGUGAGAGUACAAGUAAAUACCACUCGGUGGCUUUGGUUGCUGAGGACUGUAUUGUACAGUAGUUACCAGUAAUCUGUGCAUUUCUGAUUACUAUUCUGCAUUUAGGAAAAACAAGGUGAAAGUUUCCAUGACGGCUACCAUGUUGGGACUAUUCAGUUUCACAUCGGUUAAUGUGUGUGUAUAUAUAUAUAUAUAUAUUUUUUUUUUUUACUAUUAUACGUGAAUUGCCUCUGAAGAAAAAAAACAAACAUUGUUUUUCAGGUCUUUCUCAUUGUUUUUUAAGCCAUUGCUUGUUGUUGUAUACUCAGUAACUCAUUUAUAUUGUAUGUAUCUUUUGUGUAUUUUUUUUAAUGAGUUUCAAAUGUUCCUCAGACUUCCCAUUUGAGGAGGCUGACAUGAACAUAUGUAGCCAAAACACUUUCUACUGAGCCUUUCCUCAUUAUUAUCUCCUUCAAAAUAGUGUUUUUUUUUUUUCAUUUUAUGUUCCAUUAUAACUUGAGGUUUUGUAUUUUUGGCAUUAAAUAUUAAAACUUA